UAUGAAAAGUCCUUUGAGGGUGUAAAUAUAUUUUGGAGAACUGUUAACGAAGAAAUAGUCAAAUCUAAAAUUAGGAAAGAACAGAAUAAAUAUUACUUGACUGUGGUCACCAAUGUGAAUAAGCAAAUGGGUGCGUACGUAAGUGCUACCACCAGUCGUUUUACAAAACGACUUUUGGAAAAUGCAAAAGAAAGCCAAUCAAAACGCGUGGCAAAAGUUAAUAGUAAUUUACAAGAAAAUUUUGAGGUUUUAGGUUUUCAUGUUACACCUGAUCCUGAGACCGUAUUGGUGUCGCUUAUUAAAAGAGAUCUGAUCGAUGAGGUCCUACUGGAGUAG